AUGGACGACGAGAAAAUGUCUCCAGAGCACAUACGCAUGCGGAGGGUGGCCUUCGUCGGCGUUGUCGUUAGCACGGUUGCAGUCAUGAGCUCGGUGAUCACGCUGCCGAUCAUCUACAACUGCAUCCAGAACCUGCAGACGCACAUGAUGAACGAGGUGGAUUUCUGCAAAAGCAGGUCGAAGGACAUGUGGGCAGAAAUAUUCAUCAUACAGGCCAGCAAGCCGGUCAGCCGCCAGCGCAGAGAGUGGCUGUUCGGACAGUGGGUCAGCAAUAACGGCGGCGGUAGUUCAUCUGGCAGUGUGGGUAGCACCUCCUACGGCUCUCCGAAUCAGCCCGGCGGUGCUGAGACGCCCUACCCGUCACAACCACCGGUUCCAUACUACCAGCAAGCCCCUCCGCAGAACAAUCCGUACGGACCGUCGAUUUCAAUUUCUGAGCCUGGCCCAACGGCUUUGCCGGCAAUGAAAAUCGUCGAAGAAUGUUGUACCUGUCAUCAAGGAAAACCCGGACCUCCCGGACCACCUGGUGAAGACGGCAAAGAUGGCAAAAAUGGAUUGCCUGGUUCUGAUGGACGUGCAGGCAAGGACGGCAAAAUUCUGAAACCGGUGGGUCCGCCCCCAGAACAGUGUCAGAUUUGCAUACCAGGACCACCGGGACCAAUUGGUUCACCAGGAUCGCGAGGACCACCUGGUAUGAAAGGAAUCCCUGGUGCUGCUGGUAAGGAUGGAAAACGUGGACCCGCAGGAAUGGCUGGUGCUCAAGGACCUCAAGGACCGAGCGGAGAUUGCGGUCCAAAGGGAUAUCCUGGAGACAGUGGAAAACGAAUAGAAGUCCCUGGCAAACCUGGUCCACCGGGAAUUGUUGGAGUACCUGGAGUCAAAGGACCAAGAGGCCAACCGGGUAAGAAUGGCUUGCCAGGCUUGAAAGGUCCACCUGGCGACCAAGGAGAUCAAGGCAUGCCUGGAGAACCGGGUAAACAAGGAAUUGCCGGACCUCAAGGAAACAGAGGAUCUUCAGGUCAACCAGGAAGCUGCGAUCAUUGUCCUAUACCUCGAACGGCGCCUGGUUAUUAA